GGCGCUUGUCAUCAGAACGUACUACUCUACUAGCUAGUCCAUUUAUCCCUCGAACGUCAACCUUUCCGCUUGGACAAUUGUAGAUGUGCGAUACGGAAUUGAGAUGGCAGUAAAGGAUCUAGUUGAUCGGUUCGAGUCAUCUGACUCCCAACAACCGCCCUCCACUCCUGCUCGUUUCAUUACAGUCCAGUCUCGGAAUUUACGAAACAGAAAACCCUCAUUACCUCAGGAAACCAUGGACGAUGAGUCUGGCUCUGCUACGGCCUUCACGACUAGGAUACCCUCUGUUAACAAUAACUAUACCACUCUAGACAUAACCGAUGCUGCACAACCAUUCAUUGGGAUACAGUAUCUGGAAGUUGAGGAGGAUGAGGUGCCUUAUCGGAGCCGCCCUAUCUCUUACGAAGAUGACGAGACUUGGAGAUUAAUCGAACCCGACCAUACCUAUCCCCCUUCGUCCGCUUCCCAACAUUCAUUUUCAAUCACACCAACGCUAGUGCAUUCCCGACAUACUUUGGGACAGCAUAACCCCAUUUCUCCCACCGAACUAUUCUCUCGCAAAGCCCCACCUCUGUACCUACCCAAACUCGACUCGUAUCUGGAAUCACUACCCCAACCGCCCUUCAAUAACGUGAAGACGAACAGGGAAGCUGAAAUGUUUCCACCGAUGGACCGCUUAGUUGAGUCAGGGUACUCGGUAGAAGAACUCGAAGCAAACUCUCGUGUGGCUCCGUUUUGGCGUAACAAGAAAACCUUAUUGGGCUCAGCGGUUAAUGUCGUGCUUGGAAUAACAGGCUCGAGCAUGCUUGCAUCAUUCUACAGUCUACAAGGAGUCGUCAAUACUGUACAGGUUUUUGCGCUCAUCCUGAGUACUAUAGUACCUUUCAAGGGCGAAAGACUUGGUGAUCAUUGGAGAAAGCUGCUUUUGGGAACUAUUCCUAAUGUCUUGGCAUUGAACUUCGCUUCUGGCACAAUGCAGUCUCUUAUAUUUCUCACCGUAUUUAUGGUUACGGCAUCAGGUCUUCUCUAUCGUUUCUGGAAAUCGACACGGAAAUGUGACCGGUACACAGAAAUUGAAGGUCUUCAGCAAAACGAUAAAAAUGGAAAGGAGUGGAAGCUCGUCACCAUUUCGUUUCUGCUUACUUUGAUCUACCUCCCAAUGAGCACAAUGGCGGUACACGUCUUGGUGUGGUCUCAAGACCUAUGGCCUAUCCCGAAUCCAUACACAAAUGCAACCUCUUUUCCGCCAGUUGUACCCCCUUUAGGCCCAUCGCAUGAAUAUCGAGAUCCUUUGGAUUUCUGCUGGACGACAACGAUGAAGAAAAAUGAGUUCAACUUUGCGCCUAUCGUGAUCAUCCUCUCCAUCGUCACCAUUUUAUUUUUGACGAUUUACUACCCCAUUGCUUUGAGGCGCGUCAUCCGAACGUCUGUCCCCAAGGUCGAUCGCUUCACGGAGCUUGGAAGACCAAGGAACCCAGUCGAUAUGGACACGGAGUAUCAUCGUUUACUCGCGAGAGAUACCAAUCCAUUUGCUUUUUUAUAUGCCGGUUUUCGGCGCGAUUGGGGUACCUACGAACCAAUCUAUCUGUUUGUGAAAUUGAGUACCCUGGUGAUUGUCGCGGUCAUUGACCCUGAUAAUUGCUUUUUUCGCUCGGCCCCCCGUGCUGUCAUACCGAUUGUUCGCCAGGUCCUUUUACUCACCUCCACCGUCGGCUUCUUUUUGGCACAGUGUUUUCUCGGACCUUUUCUUGAUCCUGUGAAUAACGCCAGCGAAUGGGUGUCAAGAUUAAACUACGUCCUUACUUCACUUUUAGCUCUGCUUGUUACUCUUGAUGUACCUGGAAAGGAUCUCCUGAAUUAUUAUGUACUUUAUGGAAUAUACAUACUUACCUACGGCUUCAGCCUUUAUUUCACUGUCAUCAACCUCUCGAUUAGCAGAAAAACCGUGAAAAAACUGACCAGGCGAAUAGAUUUCAGCAUCGAUGUUUUCUCACCAAGACUGGCGUUAUCAUACCCAUCCCCACACCUGAAACGUAGGAUAUGGCAGGAGUCCAUAUCUAUCUUGCUUCUGACCAGUCCUGAAUGCAAAAUACCGCCUCAGCAAAAGAUGGUGUUUGCGCAAGCUCGCGAUUCCGAAUUCCCCCCUUAUCUUUUGAACUUCCUCGGCUCUCCAGCAGAAAGGCAUGUAGAGAAUCUCAAGAUUUUACGGGAAGUGGGAUCAUUGGAGUACCGGAAAGCCGUUGCCCUUAUGUACGGGCCCGACUUUGAGCGGACUAGACAACUCGAGGAAGAAAUUCAGAGGUAUUUCACUGGGCCUGAUUCGUACUGGAAACCGCCCGAAGAGAAUGCAAUACUUAACUGCACCCAUUUCUUCGGUAAUGCAUGGAUGAUUCCGUUCCCUCCUACACUGGUAUUCCGCUACGAUAUUGGUCCUUAUACUGUUCUUCGAGAUGUUUCGGAUCUGGAGUUGUACGUUCGACAAAAUUCUUCACGGGAAAUCCAACAGCGACGUGAGAUCCGGAUGUCGUUACGAUCGUUAGACGGGCAAAUGGUCUCAUGGCGAUAUAACCAUGUCCAAGCUAUCGGUUCUCAAUCUCUUUGUUGUGGUCUGAGGAAACGUUACAGUGCACAAGCGUCAAGACGUUACGAAACAGCCAUACUCAAGAUAGAGCAACGAGGGAAUUUGGUUUGGCAAGGAGUUCAACUAGGCAGCGGCUUCACCGUCAAGCUCAAAUAUCCAAGAGGGAUCAUUCUUGACGGUGAAGCGAUAGGACUAACUGACGACUUCGACCUGACUACCCUGCUGGCGAGAUUUUUGACAUCGAACCAUCCGCUUAUUCACACUCGACUACGUCACCUUGAGAGUGUACUCUCAGAUUAUCGCCAUCAUCACAGGAAGGAAUGUCAAUACAAAGCUCAAGUGUUGAGUUACAAAUUCCUCUCCCAUGUCUAUGAUCUUCCUCGUGACCCAACUGUCAUGGUUGGGAGUUCUAUCGACUAUGAGCGAGACCCACGAGUCCGCCAGCUGAUAGCUGGAAGUGAAGCGAUCUUCGAUACAGCUUACAUGAGAUUCCUUAGUGUUUCCCGAUCAGAGGCCGCGACAUGGUGGUACGUCUUUUGGGACGACCUUUGGCGAAGAAAUUGGGACACUAUUGCUGGGCUCCAACUACAUGCCACUGACUUCAACCCUCACUACCCUACAUCCAUCGCUUAUAUGCCUCUUCCCCGCCCGGCGCUGGAAUCUUUUCUGGCACAGCGAAAUCUGUUUUCAAAGAAGCCGAGGUGGGGAGAUUUUUUCCAUCCAGGCUUCUUGAACAAACUGUAUCUUCGUCUAAAUGAAGCUGUCUUCCGAGGGUCCAGCAAGCAAAUCUUGUUUCAUAUGGGCAACGGUAUCUCGGAGUUGGACAUGGACCAUGUCGAUGUGGAAAUGCGGGCUCAGGCAUCGAAUAUCGGAACAGGCGGAGGCACGGACCACGACGAUGCUUCGAUUCUUCAGAGGCCAACGUAUCGAUGGGAAGGUCUAUUAGAAGACCCCCCGUAUCCAUUCCAACGGCAGCAACGGAAGUUCAUGAGUAAAGUAACUGCAUGGUUAGGAUUGGCACCUACUUGGAGAGCAGGUAUACCUGUGCAAGGUGUUUCCAUCGAUGUACGGCUACAAGAUGGACGAUACGUUCUCCUUGAAAAGCCUAGUACUUCGAAGGACAAUGAUUAGACCAUACUACGCAGAUAUCAGGAUUUCUGUACAUUUUGAACGUGCCGUAGUAGGUUGCUAAAGCACUCUCACCAGAAGUGCUGCAAGCACUCGAUGGUGAUCAUAAAUGAACGUUUACCAUGAGAGGUGAAGGGAAAAAUGAAUAGGGCACG